GCGCCGCCGCAUCCCCGCCGCGCUCCUGCACUCGCGGCCCGCCCACCGCGCCGCGCCGGCUCCCGCAGCCCCGCGGCGGCCUACCCGCGAGGCCCGGCAGGUCCAGCCGCAGCACAGCUCUGUCCAGUCCGGCGGAGGCGGCGGCGGCGGGCGCAGAGCGGAGAUGCAGCGGCCCGGGAGCGCCCUUCUGUGCCUGCUGCUGGCGGCCGCAGUCCCCACGGCCCCCGCGCCGGCUCCGACAGCGACUUCGGUUCCCGUCGAGCCCGGCCCGGCUCUCAGCUACCCGCUGGAGGAGGCCACCCUCAACGAGAUGUUCCGCGAGGUAGAGGAGCUGAUGGAGGACACGCAGCACAAACUGCGCAGCGCGGUGGAGGAGAUGGAGGCGGAAGAAGCCGCUGCUAAGACGUCAGAAGUGAACCUGGCAGACUUACCUCCCAGCUAUCACAAUGAGACCAACACGGAAACCAAGGUGGGAAAUAACACCGUCCACGUGCACCGAGAAAUUCACAAGAUCACCAACAACCAGACUGGACGAACGGUCUUUUCAGAGACGGUGAUUACGUCUGUGGGAGAUGAGGAAAGCAAAAGGAGCCACGAGUGCAUCAUUGACGAGGACUGCGGGCCCCGCAGGUACUGCCAGUUUGCCAGCUUCCAGUACACCUGCCAGCCAUGCCGGGACCAGCAGACGCUCUGCACCCGGGACAGUGAAUGCUGUGGAGACCAGCUCUGUGUCUGGGGUCACUGCACCAAAACAGCCACCAGAGGCAGCAAUGGGACCAUCUGUGACAACCAGAGGGACUGCCACCCUGGGCUGUGCUGCGCCUUCCAGAGAGGCCUGUUGUUCCCUGUGUGCACACCCCUGCCCGUGGAGGGGGAGCUCUGCCAUGACCCUGCCAGCCGGCUCCUGGACCUCAUCACCUGGGAGCUGGAGCCGGACGGAGCUUUGGACCGAUGCCCGUGUGCCAGUGGCCUCCUCUGCCAGCCUCACAGCCACAGCCUGGUGUACGUGUGCAAGCCCACCUUCGUCGAGAGCCGCGGCGAAGACGGCGAGAGCCUGGUACCCAGAGAAGCCCCCAGCGAUUACGGAGCUGGCGGCUUCAUGGAGGAGGUGCGCCAGGAGCUGGAGAACCUGGAGAGGAGCCUGUCGGUGGAAAUGGCUCUCAGGGAGCCUGAUGCCACCUCUGAGCUGCUAGAGGGAGAAGAGAUUUAGAUCCAGGCUUGUUCUCUGGGUAGACGUGCAAUAGAAGUAGCUAAUUUAUUUCCCCAGCUGUGUCCUCUAGGUGUUGGCUCACCAGACUUUUUUCCACGGCCUCUUCCCGGAACACGUUCCCUCUGGCCUGCAACAAAGUGAGGCGCUGCACACUCGUCCAGCCCCCCGGGCAGCACACCACGCAUCACGGUCUGGCACCUGGGGAAGGCACCACUUCAGGUGUGGGGUUUGAAGGCAGAGCAGGGAUGCAAAACUGAUCCAAAUUAUUGGCCACUUUGCCUCUGUGGGUUGGCAGAUGGCACAUUUUGGUCUGUGUCCCCCGGGAGGGGACAGGAAAAGCUGCAGAACUUCCUCGUCAUGGGUUUUGGGGAAAUGUUGUUGCUCGUGUGUGUGGAGUCGUGUGCCCUGUUGUACAAACAUCAACCUGGCGAAAAUGCAACAAAGGAACUUUUCUCGCAUUUCUUCGCAUGGGCAUAGGUAAGCUGUGCCUUCAGCCGCUGCCGGUGAAUCGUGCUCAUUCCUCCAGCUUUCCAGCAGUCCCUCCGCUCCUGCCUCCGUGCCACGUGCAUGGUUUCGCAUCCACCAUCAAGUCACGCUGUCGCCACAGCCCAGGGAAGGGGCAUUGCUCUGCCCAACUGUCAGCAUGGUAGGGGCUCAGAGAUGUCACGUUCCUCACCCAAGGCACACAGGGAAGACCCAAGCAGUAUCUCCCUCGAGUGUGACUCCAAGUUGGGCUUGCCCACUGCUCCCCACCAGCCUUGGUGCCACCAUGAGUACUCCCUAAAAAGAGAAAGAAUUUUUUUUCUUGAGGCACAUCUGGCAUUAAGGUUAAACCAGUUCACGCAUCUCUGUCACAGCCAACUUCUACUCCUAGAAGUAGCGUUCUCUCUAGUGUCGGGAUGGCCAUCCCCCUAGUGGUGACAAGUGGUAUUGACACUCCCCCAUGGCAGUUAGUUACAUUAGUAACUUUGAAGGUACGUGAUUGGAGCAUAAAAUUUAAGUUAACUUAGGUAACUGUAGGGCUAGGAUUAUAAAUGGAAUUUGCAAAAUCACUUACCAGCAACUGUAGACCAUUAUCAACCACGUGGAGAAACUCAUAGACCAUGCCAGGCUCUGUGAAAUAUGGUUGUCAUAUCCACACUGAGCGCACUGAACUAACUGUGUGCUGUUCCACAAGUGAUGUUUGCAGGUGUCACGGACUGCUUCCAUCCUGUACGCAUCCAGAGUCAUUAAAUUUUACAUUUGCACACGAUUGUAUAAGCAUGCCUUCUUCGAGAUUUAAAUUAUGUAUAAACACAUGUUGCAUUUAGAAAUGACGUAUAAAUCACUUAAACCCCUC